GCGCACGGCCGCUCCACCUCCCCGGUGUGUGAGGGAUCAGUGCGCGCUGUGCCGGCUCGGUGGCGGUGUGUGAGUGUGUCAGUGUGUGUGAGGCGAAGACCGGAGCCGCCUCCUCCUCAUCAGCCCUCCCUGUCAGCGGUCCCGCUGUGUGUUCCCGGGGGGAGGGAGGGGGACAGACAUCGCCUUGUCAGCGGGGAGAGCGGAGACCCCCCGGGGGACCAUGAGCAUCGAGAUCCCGUCCGGCCUCACCGAGCUGCUGCAAGGCUACACGGUGGAGGUUCUGCGCCAGAGGCCGCCCGACCUGCUGGAGUUCGCCGUCCAAUACUUCACCCGCCUGAGAGAGAAGAAGCUGCAGGAUGGAGCCGGCCGGCCUCACACCCGAGGGGUCAACUUCGACAGCGAGCAACCGAUGCAGAUCGAGUCCAACGGAGAGGAGAACAACGACGACGACGAGGAGGACGACGACUCCGACUUCGAACCUCCCGUCAUAAACAGAUACAGCAGAAGGGUAUCGGUGUGUGCGGAAGCCUUUAAUCCCGAUGAGGAGGAUGACGACACGGAACCUCGGAUAGUUCACCCGAAAACAGACGAGCAGAGAUGUAGGCUACAGGAAUCCUGCAAAGAUAUUCUAAUCUUUAAAAACCUUGACCAGGAACAACUCUCUCAGGUUCUUGAUGCAAUGUUUGAACGGAGAGUACAACCUCAGGAACAUGUCAUUGACCAGGGAGAUGAUGGGGAUAAUUUCUAUGUUAUAGAGCGGGGGCAGUAUGACAUUUUCGUAUCUAGAGAUGGACAGUCUUGCUGCGUGGGCGCGUACAAUAAUCACGGCAGUUUUGGCGAGCUCGCUUUGAUGUACAACACUCCAAGGGCUGCGACCAUCGUGGCCACAUCAGAAGGAGCACUUUGGGGGUUGGACCGGGUUACCUUCAGAAGAAUAAUUCUGAAAAACAAUGCCAAAAAAAGAAAGAGGUUUGAAGCCUUUGUAGAAUCUGUCCCUGUCCUGAAGUCAUUAGAGCUUUCCGAACGUAUGAAAAUAGUUGAUGUAAUAGGUGAAAAAAUUUAUAAGGAUGGAGAUCGCAUCAUUGAACAGGGCGAUAAGGCAGAGUCUUUUUUCAUUGUGGAAUCGGGGGAGGUGAAAAUCAUGAUGAAAAGUAAGACAAAAACUGCUCAAGAAGGUAACCAGGAAGUGGAGCUAACACGGUGUACAAGAGGUCAAUACUUUGGUGAACUCGCUCUCGUUACCAACAAGCCCAGAGCAGCUUCUGCAUAUGCAGUGGACGAUGUCAAGUGUUUAGUUAUGGAUGUGCAAGCUUUUGAACGAUUGCUGGGCCCCUGCAAGGACAUUAUGAAGAGAAACAUCACACAUUACGAGGAGCAAUUGGUGGCAUUGUUUGGUUCCAGCAUGGACCUCCGAGAUCCAGGAAAAUAGGCACCGUGUUACCUUAGUGCCUUUCUUUGUUCAAGACACAGACACGAGCCUCCUGUCAAAUCGCCACACACAAGGGACAGAGCAACGUGGAACAGUUACUGCUGCUGUCUUAGGCUUUUUUUUUUUUUUUUCUUUCAUUUUUUUUUUUUUUUUUUUUUU